CUUGGCACGGGCGGCGUCCUGCGGGUUACGCUUGUCCUCCACCACCUCGUGCCUUCUGCACUCAUCUUCUGGUUCAGAUUAUUAUCCAAAAAGACCUCUUGUUAGCAACCUCCAUCCAACGUACCGCCACAUGGCUGCUUAACACUUCAUCCCCUGUUUACAUCAAUUAUUCAACUUCUUCUUACUUGUGUGUUGUUUGCUCUUUGUUUCAGACCUUCCUGACAGACCACUCGUCACUCCAUCACAUCCACCAACUCUCGUUGCCGUUGUUAUUUGCGUCGUCAAUUUAGGCAAGCCGAAUCACAUUUCAUCCUCCAAACUACGGAUACACGACCUUGAUAUCCUCGGUCGUUAUUGCAAGCGAAGACGGCUUUACUUCAAAAUGCAUCGAUAAUCAUCACCCUCCGGUGUGACAAAAGUUCCCUAGGAAGAAGGCUUCGUCGAUUCUCAUAACACGAGACACCACCAUGGGCAAUUCUCAGACCAAAGAGGCGCGUGCACAUGGCUCUUCAGCCUCUCGAGCAUCUGGGAGUGCCAGUCCUGCCACCAGAUCUGAUAAUCAACUCAAUGGAACCUCCUCCGAUGCGCCCGCCCGCCCUGAGACCUCCGCUCGACAACAAAGGCGGGGCAGUCGACCCGACUUUUCCUUCCUCGGAAUAGGCGGAAGCAGUGAUCAAGACACGUCGUCUCUCGAAACCCGACGGGAGAAUAAACAGGAGAGAGAAGCAAGAAAACUUGAGAAAGAAAGAGCUGCCAGACUUAAGGAGCGGGAGCGUAGCAUGAAGGAGGAACAUGUCGAUGGUGGAUAUCUAGUUACCCAAGGUGUUUAUGUGGGCGUUGAGGAUUUCAGCAAACCGACGGUUCGACAAUUGAUGAUCGAGCGUCGCCUGGCACCCUUCUUUAGAGGGCUGAAUGAUUUUUCGGAAAGCUGGGCGGAGCAUCAGCUCAUGGCAGCUGCUCGGGGAAUGGAAAUACCGCCAGCUGAUCAGGUUCCUCCUGAACUCGAAUAUCGACUCACCAAAAGGACCUCUUCCGACAAGAAUAAGGAUAAAUCCACCCAGAGCCUCACUAUCCCUAUCGGACCACGAUCCCAGUCUUUCCAGUCUGACAGUUCGGCACCCAUCUCUCCUCUGCCUAAUUCGCUGCCUCUCCCAUCCCCAUCGAUUCCACCACCAACUAAUUCCUCAAGCACCAACAUCUUCAGGACUCGUGCCAAAACUCUGGCUUCUCUAACCACCUCUUCUCGGACAAACUCCCAACAAGAUAUGACCCCGAGAGAGUUCCAACUGCCACCAGAUCCAUUUGUCAACGGUCAGCCCAUUGAGGUCUACCUUUACAAGGAUGCGACCGAAUGUCCCAUUUGCUUCCUGUACUAUCCACCAUACUUGAACACAACAAGAUGCUGUGAGCAAUCGAUUUGCUCCGAGUGUUUUGUGCAAAUCAAACGGCCUGAUCCCCAUCCUCCCGAGCACGAACAGCCUGAUCCAAACGCCCCACCUCCUUCUGAGGCCGAGAGGGAGGCCCAGGCAGAUGGCCUUCUCGUUUCCGAGGUUGCAACCUGUCCCUACUGCAAAACUCCAGAGUUUGGCAUCACUUACACCCCUCCCCCUUUCCGCCGCGGCUUGACCUAUGGUACUGGCUCUCAACCGUAUCAAGUCAUGUCAGCACGGUCUUCUCAAACCUCGAUUUCGUCUGGCAAUUUGUCACCAGGGCCAGGUCGCAGGCGUGGCACCUCAUUGUCCGCCGCUGCCCCCGAAGUAAUCACAACAGACAAGAUUCGGCCGGAUUGGGCCACCAAGCUUGCGACGGCUCGAGCUCAUGCUGCCAGAAGAGCGGCUGCAGCGACCGCGCUCCACACAGCGGCAUACUUGAUGAACGGGCAAACGUCGGAACAGGCGCGAGCGUUCUCAACGUUCGGGCGACGAAACAUGCUGCGCAGGUCAACUCUUGAAUCAUCCGAGACCACUCCUAGCGCUAGCCUGAGCGCCCUGGCUCUGCUUGCAGAGCGGCAUGCAAGCAGACAGCAGGAACCCGCUCAACCUGAUGCUCGACACUCAUUCCUCCCUCCACCACGGGGUAGCAGCGCGAGAAGGAGCCGUAUGGAUGACUUGGAAGAGAUGAUGAUGAUGGAAGCCAUUCGACUCAGCCUCGCAGCUGAAGAGGACAGACGCCGCAAAGAAGAGAAAGAAGCCAGGAAAGAGGCUAAACGAAAAGGCAAAGAAGGCAAGAAGGCGGAAAAGGCUGCGAGAAAAAGUAGUCUUUUCACGCUCAAUUCCAAUGCAAGCGCCGGUGAAGGAGCUGGGAGCCCAAUGGAGCGGUCAAGGAGCAAUCUGUCUCUUGGGAUGGAUGACGACGCUGCAUCUGCUUCUGGUAAAGGGAAACGUGUCGAACGAGAAAAUAGCCCUCCUAUUGAGGGACUGCGUUCGGAUGACGAUGUCUCCCGAGGACCCUAUCUGCCAAGCUUAUCGCUGUCUGGUACCAGUCAAGAAUCGCUUGCGUCGUCGAUCCCUGUCCCCGGGGCAUCAGCAGAGCCAUUUCGACGUUCACAUCUGCGUCAGAUGUCCAAUGCAUCAUCUGCGUCAUCCUCGUUUGUCGAGUCUGGGCCUGCUGCCGGAAUUUCUGGCACCAAUACACCCCCUCCAGGCAGUCUCGAGCCUAUGUUUAACUUUCGGAGUCUGGCAGCGAUGAUUGGAGAUGAUGAAAAAGGGGAGGUCAGCGCACACGUGGAACUUGCCGGAGGCGAGGGACAAUCGUUGGCCGCUUCGCCCGGUUCUGGUUCGAAAAGCAAGCCAGUUGAACAGACAGCCGGGACAAAUGUAGACAGCGCCAGUUCUGACUCAUCGUCAGAACCAGAUCUGAGAGACGCUCGAAGCAAUGGCACUGAAGACAAGCAAGGAGAAACCUUGAUUGAAACUACACCAACGACAACGAAUGUCUGAGACCAUUGUCGUGAUUAUGGGGCUGGAAAGGCAUGAGUACGAUAUUGAUGGUGGCUGCAAGGGCUAUAACGACGGCACCCUGGUUCCCCAUCCAAGACUGUGGAUGGCAACUAGACUAGUGAAACGUCACGCAUCCGGCUUACUAUUGCCACAUUGAGGUCUUUAGAUUGUGAAAGAGCGAACAAGCUGUACAAGACAGUUCUGGUACGCCCAGAAAGACGAUGGGCACGAUCAAACCAACAUGAGAGAGUGGAGUUUAUGGGUACAGGAGACAAGCCUGAUGCAGAUAUAGACAUUUGAACAGUUCCAAGCGCAUUGACUACCACACUCCUAGGCUUGUUCGAUUUGUAGUGAUUGUUUGAGCCAAUUGGUUGGGUUUGAGGAAAAGGUGGUCAAAUCAUAG